UUCUCUGGUACGCCAACAGUCUUUAUAGUAUCUCGUCCGAUCCGAUGGUCAUUUACUCUCAGACUCCCACGCAAUGUAUACGCGUGCACGCGUAUCGACCAGGGACGUACGACACGCACAUCAUAUAAACACAUGUGUUUACGUGUGAUGCACGUAAAAUCCUAUCCAUGCCGUCAUCACGAGCGUCUGAGACAGGUUUUAUCGAGCGAUAAAGAAAGGAAUCCCGAAGAGAAGGAGAAGCGCACGAGGAAGAUCUCGGCUGAUUCAGGUUAGUGAUAAUACGGCGACGUGCAGAUACGACGAACACCGCAGCGUGGCUCUCGUCAGUCGUGGCUGCGAAUGUCGCCACGUACAUAAUUCACGGCCAUGUGCCGAGCCGAUAAUCGUCUCCGUCAGCUCUACCGACGGCGAUGCAUGCAAAUACGAAAUGUCAACAUUCAGAGGUGAGCCGUUUCGCGACGGGUGCGUAAGCAACGACAAACGGCGACGGCGCGUCAGCGAAGUUAGCCUCCCCAAUUUCGUAAGAAAUUAGGACACCACCAAUCCAAUCCAAUCCAAUCCACGUAGAAGGAAGAGAAGAGAAGCGCGCGCGUGUGUCACCGCGAGACCCAAACUUUGGCUGACUGGAGACAGCUGGAGACCAGCUGAAGACCAGUCGAAAUGGACUGAUCGGUCUCCCUCACUUUCUUCGGUCAGCUGGCGUAUGUUCAUGACAAAUCGAAAGUUCUCACGGGGAGAGACGGACCUUGACACGCGGAUUCCAAUUGAACUCGAGAGAUUAGACAUGUCAAUGGUAAAUGAGCAUACUGCGCGACGGAAAAAAAACAACGAGGUGCUUUGUGCGCCGGAGAAACGGGAUAUAAUCCAACUGAUAGCGGGACCGAUAAAUUCGAGCUGAGUAAAUACUGCGCGAAGGUGUGAUUCCGAAUGCAUCGCGUAUUGCAAGCGGACACGAUAGAUGGUCGUUUCGUUGGUUGAGAGGAAACAGUUGUGUGUGUGUGUGUUUCUUGGAAUCCGGUGCCCUACGAGGAAAUACCGAUCGACCAAGUCGCUUCUCUGUUUGAACCAACAGAGAUAUAUACGACUUAUGUGGAGUGCUUCCUUAUCUUUAAAUAUAAUAUGGUGUAUGAUAAGAGUUACGUUAUACAUGACAAGAAACCCAGUUAUGACUCACACUGAUAUAUAAACUUAUAAUCAUGUAAACGUGGCCUGUACAAAAAUAUUGUAUGGUUUAUGUGUCGUAAAGUAAACAAAAAUAUCGCAACAAUGGGUUCUAUCGCUUUAGAGGAGUAUGAGUUAAUGAGGGACUCAAAAUAUAGAGUCUAUGUGUCCGCUGUUGAUAAGGCUCUAAAAAGCUUCGAAUACACAAGUGAAUGGGCAGAUUUAAUUUCUGCAUUAGGGAAACUCAACAAAGUAUUACUUAGUCAUAUGAAGUUUCCUGUUAUUCCCAGGAGAAUUAAAAUAUCGAAAAGAUUAGCACAAUGCAUGCAUCCAGCAUUACCUUCUGGUGUUCAUCUGAAAGCUUUAGAAACUUAUGACAUUAUUUUUAAAUGUAUGGGCACUAAUAGGCUCAGUCAUGAACUCUUUAUCUAUAGCGCAGGUCUCUUUCCAUUAUUGGGUCAUGCUGCCAUGAACGUCAGGCCAUCAUUGUUGACAGUGUAUGAGACGCACUUUGUGCCACUUGGUGAAAGGUUAAGACCAGGCCUGAGUGGUUUUCUAAGUGGUGUCCUCUUGGGUCUAGAAGAUGGUUCUGACCAUUUCGACAGAACCAAUUCCUUAUUAGAGAAAGUGUGCGAUGGUGUUGGUGCGGAACACUUUUAUGCGUGUCUGUGGGACUGCUUAGCUUCGAAUUCUGGCAUCCGGUUGCCUGCUAUAUCAUUUGUUCUAGCACACUUCAAUAAAAAGCUAUUGAUGGAGGAGCAAGAAUACAUUAUGGGUACUAAUAUUAAACUUAUGGUUUCAGCCUUAUGCGCCGGAGUACAAGACACUUCGGUACUAGUGCAGAGAAGUGCACUGGAUUUUCUAUUGAUAGGUUUUCCUAUUCACAAUAGUCAGUUAAUGCGUCAAGAUAUGAUAAUAUUAAUCAAAGCUGCUCUGGUUACUAUACUACGAAGAGACAUGAGUUUAAAUAGACGCUUGUUUGCCUGGUUGUUAGGCACCGAAGUGAGCACGUCAAUUUUAAAGAUAAAAACGCAAGUAGCCGCAGAUACUAAGGAAGAUUCCAUAACGUAUUUUGAUAUAUAUUCGAAAGAGAUGCUAGUCGAAGCGAUAAAAUACCUUCUUAAAGACGUAUGCGAAGAGGAUUCACAGGAUCUGAAGCCAUAUAGAAUACUUGUUUCAUUACUCGAUAAAGUGGAUAUCGGACCAGUAAUUUUGGAUGAUAUCCUGUUUGAAGUGUUCAGGACAUUUUAUAACGCUUGCAAACAAUCAGUAGCAAAUCACGCUUCGAAAGCAAACGAAGUAGUGAAAUCCGCGAAUCUAUUGUUCUCUACGCUAGAGCCGUCAUACAUCUGGAUACAUUGCGGACAUUUGUUUGAGAAGGCCUGCAGUAUCAGAGCGAAGACGCAAGUUACGAUAGAAGACGUUUCCGUGAGGCCCGUCGGCAGUGGAAUGCCAGAUCUAGUGGAAGUGUGCAUACUGACGGAAUUCCUGCUAGAGACCGUGUCGCUGGACGCAUUCAUAGACACUCCGUCUGAACAUCUGCCCGGCUUAUUUUACGAGAUCACGAGCAAACUUUUGUAUCACAUCAACAUUCUGUCCCCGAUGGAGAUCUCGAAGAGUCUCAAGUUGUGUGCUAAGAUCCUAUCGAAGAUGCAACCGACCAUGAUGACAACUCAUACGGACAAGUACGAGGUGGACACCAAAGUGGACGUGUCUCUGAACAACAUCACAAUUCCUAGCGAUCAUUCUUCCUUGACGACGAUCCCCUUGGAGAAGAGUCAGUCGGACAGUAAGUUAAACAAGCCCGAUGCGACCAACGCAUCUUUCACGGAGAAAAGCCCGAGCACGAGGAGAAGAGCCAAUUCCGGCGGCGCUACUAAAAGGAGCGAGAAGAAGUCGAAGAAGAAAAGCAGCAAGAGCACGCCCAAAUUGAACGAUACUUACAGCAUACAAGCCGACGGCAGCAAUAUUUCGGUUGUGGUGAGUGAAGACUCAAAAUCUUUACCCAGGAACAAGAGCAUGGACGACAUCAAAGCAAGCUGCAUCGAGAGCAACGGAUUGAGCCCCACGAGCCCCAAGAGCAGUCAGCUGUCCACGUUGAAACUCUUCGCGAACGUCAGUCCAAACGGAUCGACGGGUUCCUUGUGCAAGGGACCAUCUCCGGCUUUUCAAGCUCAGCAUUCUAUGCUGGAGAAAUGCCUCCGUCAGUAUGAGAUAUUUUAUGUCAAGUUGAUCAGCCAGCGCAUACUCAGCAAGGAGAGAACGGUGCAGGAUAUGUUUGACCACCUGGUAGUGUCCUGCCCGCGCAAGAGUUUCGACGAGAGAAUGCGCUACCUGGAGCACCUGUUGAACGCCAAACUGAACAUAGAGGACUCCGGAUUCUUCAGCCAAGACACAUCCGUGACCGAGGACACCAAGUGCCUGGAUAUUUUUCACCUGUCCCUCGACAUUGCAGCACACUCGGACUGGACCGAGGCUAUGAAGAUAGCGUCCACCCUGUUCGUCGAGUUGUCCGCGUUCCCGAAAUACCGCCAGCCCGGUGACGAUGUGCACGUGGAGGAGGAGCCCAAAUUCGAGCAGGUUCUGCCGGACUGGCUGAAGGUCCUGAUAGUUUGUUCCUGCUGGCUGCAGAAGCAACCGGCGUUGCAGUUGACGAGCAUCGCUACGUUGUUGGACUUGAUAUCGUUGCUGGAAGCGCACAACGAUGUCGAGACGCAUCCCAAGAGCGGAGAGGGCAUGACAGCCGUAAUAAUGGCGCCUUUGUUAAAGCAAUGGCACGUUACUUACCUGAUGCAGUACACUAAUAUAUUUCAGGUUUUGGCGCACUCCUUGUGGCAUCAUUUAGGCGAGCUUCCCGCCCAUAAGUUUAGGAUGCGUUGCGUAGAGCUGUUGCAUGACCUGCAUCAUACCUUGUACAAUUCCUGCGACGCGGUUGAGGACCUGAUAGGGUCUGCGCUCACCUCUGAGAAUCCUGAGAAGAAAAUCGAAGCGUUCGGCAGAUUCGCCACUUUAUGGCACCUGGGACGAGAGAUCGAGACGAAUCCGCGGCUACGUGGUUGCCCCAGGACUUUCGACCAGUCGUUAUUGAAAAUGCUAGACAAUCUUCAGCUCGCGGACAAUUCGCCGUUGAAGCUGCAGGCCCAGUCGUGGCUGCUACAUUCCCUAAUGCGCGGCGAUAUAUCACGCGUAAUAGAUCCACUAUUGACAAUACUCUUGGAUCCGUCCACCUGCCGUAUGAGCGUUCUUCACGUUAGUAUACAACACAGCAAUACCGUCCUAACGAAGAACGACCCGGUGGAGGAGAAGUCGGAGGUGCAGGACGACACGGAGGGCGCCGCUAAGAUCUACGCGAUUAGCUCGGUGGACGGUAAUGUGAUAUAUCAUGUGAGCGACAACGUGGACGAGGACAAAAAGUGGAAGAAGGGCAAGAAGAAGAAACAGACGAUCAAUCCUGUGAAGAUCAAGCGGAUCUUUGCCGUGACGACCUUGGCGACUGGCGACAAUUGCAGCCACUACGUCACGGAGAGGAAUCAGUUCAUGAAGGAGCUCGAGGUGCCGCCCAGCAUAUCCGGCAACAGGAAGAUCUCCGUCUUUGUGAACCCACUCUCGAUUAAUUGUAACGAGAACUCGACGGAUUCCUUGACGGAGGACGACUCGUUGCCGAGUAUGCGGAAGGCAAACCUAACCACCGAAUUGUUGAAGAACGCCACCCGUUUCAAGAAAAUUGACUUCGACAAAGGUUCCACCGCCAGUUUAGACGAGAGUCUCUUCGAAUCGGCCAAUUCCAGCUUGAAGGCAAAAGACAAGAACAGCCUGAAGAAGCUGAACGACGACGUCGGCUCGUCGUUGGACUCCAUCACGAACAGCUUGGACUCGAGCAGCCCCGAAGUGACUAAUAAUAAACAGUCGAAGCCGAAGAAGGAGCCUGUCAUAAUGCCAGGCAGUUCCAGGGAGGUGGCCGGCACCAUCAUCAAGGGCAGAUACUACAGCACGAAUGAGUUCAGCGCGAAUUACGAUCAUGAGAUCGGUAGUUUCGAAGCGAGCGCGGAGGUGCCUAGCUGGACGAUGGACGACGAGGACGGCGACCUGGACGCCAGCACCACCGCGGAGGAGUACUUCAGCAACUCCAGCAGCACCAGUAUAGUCGAAGAGAUCUUAAACGAGGUGCUCGAUCGCGCGAUGCAACUGUGCGAUGCCGCGGAAUCGUCAAAAAGCUCGGAGGAAAUCACGCAGCAGAACGCAAAGUCCAAUCGAAACGUCGGUCUGGGCGUUCACAAUCUUCACUCGCACAUGUUGCUUUACUGCGGCGUAUACGACUCCACCAGGACUCUCUACGCUCUGCGUACGCUCAGGAACGAGCUGCUGACGAACACGAGAAUGUUCUUGUGUUGCGCUGCGACAACCGGCGUGGCGAGCACGACCAAGAACGCUUCGACGAUACUGCUGAACUUGUUGGCGAGGCAUCGGAAGAGCGUUUUCGGCAGGAAUUUCCACGGCAGCAUUGCCAACUCGGAAUUCAUAGCGGCUUAUCGGAGCAGUAUGUACCUGGAAGUGCUGAUAAGCGUAUGCCUUUACUUCGCGAGAAGUUAUUAUCCGAAUCUCGGACAGAUGAGGCUUACGUACGAAGAGAUCGCCGGUAAUCGUCAGGUGCAACUUGCGAGCGCAGAGCUACUGACGCUGAUGUUUUCCGAGCUGAUCCCAAUUGUACGCGACUCUGGGAAAGGUUUCAGCUGCUACAUAGUCGACCUGCUGACCAAGUGCAAGGUACAGAAAGUUGCGCUGCACUGUCUCGUGUCCAGCGUUAUGAGUAUGAGGAAUGCUCACAAAGAAAACGAGGACGUCUUCACGUUCACCGAGGAGAUCGUGCUGUUCAACGAUCCGUUCAUCGACAAUGACGUUAACAAGUGUAAAUUUCGAGCGAGCGAUCAUACGGAAGCUUUCCAGAUACAGUUGCUGCGAUUAUUGCUGUCGUUAAUAAUGUUGGAGCAUCAGUGUAGCAGCCAGAAAGGGGAGGAGAUCAACCCGACAGUAUCGUCCAUGCCAAGCUCGCCGGCACGGACUCUGUCAAACUUGAUAGGCAACAGCCUGAAGUACGUUCCCGGAGCGGCGAUCCCGCAGCAACCGAUGUUCCUCGCCAGUAUUCUCAAUGCAUUGCAACUCGAUCAUAUGAGGCAUCUUCAUCAACACUGGACGACGCUCGUCACGUCCAGCCUGCCAUUCAUGGGAUCGUCACUGACGACCGUCGUUACGUCGGUCAUUCAUCAAUUGUGCAGCAAUAUCGAGCACCUAGCGUCGUAUUACAUCAGCGAGGAGGCCGCGUUGACAUCGAAAUUGCAGGAUAUCAGUACGGUCGAGUGCUGUUUGCCCGCGGAUUACACAGUGACACAUCUGGAGGCUUUGACGUAUUUGCUGCAUUAUUGCCUGCUGGAUACUUCCCAGCAAAUUGGGUUCUCCUUCAACCAGCCGCUAAGUACGAUACAGACAGGAAUCCCCGGCGCUAAUCCGAGCCAGAUAUUCAACAAUCUUAUACACGUCUUCAUGCCGAGCCCGCUCACGUCGGAUCUAUCCGCAGCGAAGGAUAAAACCGGUGCCACCGAACUGCAACAACACGCCAGAAGAACGGCGCUGAGCCACUUGCCGAGGAUAAUAGCGUCCUUAUCUGCCUUGUGGCAGGCAGUCUUGGCGACGAAAGACAACGAGCAAGCCAGCUGUGUGGUGGGCAGCCCGAGAAUAGUCAAGUAUCAAUUGUUGGAGCUCUUGUCGCCAAUCUCUUUCCAUCACGGAGCCAAUUUCCUGGCCGCAGUCGCAGUGGCAUGGCACGAGAGACGACAGCCGUCGGCCGUUUCGAAGAAGAUGCUCCCAGAAGCCUGUCCCAACCAGCAAGUGAUGGUUCAUCUGGUUAGCGCGAUCCGCGUGAUGCCUAUUGACACAUUGGUUCACACCGUGCACCAAGUGGUGAAAACGCCGCCGCCGAUACACGGGAUUAAGCAGGACUUCUCGUUGGAGGUCUCGGUGCUGGAAUUACUUUACGUGUACAUGCAAAGUAACACGUCGCAGUCGCUCAUCGAGUCGUGGGCAUCUUUGCUCAGUCUGCUGAAGGACGGUCUGUCGUUAACAGCGCCCGCGCAAUUUCUCUUGCUGGCUAUAUUGAACGAGUACGUGCAAAAGUGUCCGCCUAUGCAGGAGAAGAAGGACAUCAAGGAUCUGCAAGACGUGUCUGCGAAGCUCAUCGAGUCGUGUUCGCAAAUAGCCGGCGCGUGUCUGGAACAGACAACGUGGCUGAGAAGAAACCUGGCCGUCCGAGAGGACGUCUUCGAGGUGGUGGAAGGUUCCUCGGAAGGUAAAGAAGGAAAGAAUGGUGCUGUGACACCCGGUACUCCGCCUAACGCGGCGUACAGCGUUCAGGCGCAAGCGGUAUUGGCGGAAAUACUUGCGCCGUUGUUGGACGUGAGUUACGGUUCGCAGGAGAAAGAACGCGUGGUGACGUUGCUGACGAAUCUCAUGUACAACGUUACGCCUUACUUGAAGAAUCACACAAUAAAGAACAUCGCUUCAUUCACCGCCUGCUCCCAGCUGCUGGCCUCCUUGUCAGGAUACCAAUACACACGAAAAGCAUGGCGCAAGGAUGUCUUGGACCUAUUACUCGACCCAGCUUUCUUCCAAAUGACACCGGCGUGCUUACCGUACUGGAGAACUAUAAUAGACAACCUGAUGACGCACGACAAUACCACCUUCAGAGAUUUAAUGAAUCGUGUCUCCAUGGCUCAAGGCAGCGGGAUCAGUAUAUUCUCGUCGAAAGAGCAAGAAUACGAACAGAAGGCACAACUGUUGAAGCGGUUGGCGUUCGUUAUCCUUUGCAGCGAGACGGAUCAGUAUCACAAGUACAUGCCGGAGAUACAAGAACGUUUAGCAGAUAGUUUACGCCUACCCCAAGUAAUCCCGUCUAUCCAGGCGCAAGUGUUUCUAUGUUUUCGCGUAUUGCUAUUGAGAAUGUCACCGCAACACGCAACGUCCUUAUGGCCGGUCAUAGUUAGCGAGCUUGUUCAAGUUUUCCUCUACAUUGAGCAAGAAUUGAAUACAGACAGCGAAGAGUUCAGCAGUCUUCAGAGCAGCUCGCACAUCAAGCUCCUGUCGGCCCUGGACUCGUCGUGGGCUGUCAACGCCAGCAACGGGCUGCAGGCGCACGGACACCCUCACUGGUUGCAGUUGCAGCUGGCCGCUGCUAAAUUGCUAGACCUGGCGUUGCUGUUGCCCGCGCACAGAUUACCGCAAUUUCAGAUGUACAAAUGGGCGUUCGUUGGAGACGCGGCGGCAGGCUGCGCGGAUAACAACAAAUUGUCCUCGGACUUUGUGCCGCACAUCACGCGAAUCGCGAAAUUAAUGGAUAGUAAGUACAAACCGGAAGGCCCGCCGCCGAAGAGGAAACCGGGGGAGCUCCUGCUGACGUCGAACAACGUCCGUUCCUUGCAGGACCUGCAUCAUUUCUUCUCAAGCCUCAGUCGCGCCACGUGCGACACGCAUGUGCCGAUAAAUAACACACAAUUGGAGACUGUGAUCGAACAGGACUUCCUUGAAAAAAUGCCAGCCGUGCCAGCGAGAUAGUAGGGGUACGAAGAGGUAGAUAGAUAGAUAACAUCCGUUUGUCAAUCGGGAAGUGAGAAGGAGAGAAAUAAAGGAGAAAAGAUAUGACCGUGUUAGGACUCUUUAUUCUUUGAUAUAUUUGUAAGAAAAUGUACAACGAGGGUGUGUGUCGUAGUUUCGCCGUACUCGAGUGUCGAUACGUAACUACUAUAAAUGUUUCAUAAAUGUGAUACAGAUAAUGCGCAAGCACUCAGAGAAGACACGAGAGACUCUCGCUGUCAAAAUCUGCGCGUCCAAUACUUCAAACGGAUGAAAAGAGAUGCGACGAACUUGAUACACCCUAUGCACUUAGAUAAUAAUAGCGUUAAUCUCUUGAAACGGAGGAAAGAAUCGACAGAGAGAGAGAGAGAGAGAGAGAGAGAGAGAGAGAGAGAGAGAGAGAGAGAUAACAUUUGCAUUGAGAGAAACGCGUUAGUUCUAUUGCGGAUAGAUUGUAGAUAAAGCGAUAAAUUUUUUUCACGUAUAGUCGUUCGAUCAGGAGAUAUCUGGCGCGUUUAGAAUAAAUCGAGCUUUUGUUACUGGUUUUUUAUUGAUUAAGCUUUCGACUUGUCUCCUCAUUCGGUUGUGAAUAGUUAUCAGCGUGUAUGAUACGGCAAGCUAAGCUCGCGCGUUGACCUGCUAACUGUAAGAUUGUACAGAGAAACGAUUGUACAGUGUAACAUAAUAUUUAAUAAUGGAUGAUAAAAGGUCUUCCCGCGCUAUUUUCUCUUGACA